AUGGUGCACACCGACAUAAAGCCAAACAAUAUAUUGCUGGAUUGGAACGAUCAAGGAGGGGAGCUAGAAGUCAAAGAAGUGCAGAUUGCUGACAUGGAAGAUAUGGUUCGCCUCCCGGAUAACCAUUACAUCAGUGGCAGGCAGUGGGGAAACUGGAUGUGGCGCAGUCCAGAGGCGCACGCAGCGGCAGCGAUACAAAAGCCGACAGACAUGUUCUCCUUCGGUCUGGUUAUCCAAAAAAAGGCUACAGAAGACAAUCCAAUCGAGGCCAUCGUCGUUCGACGUCAGGUCUCAUAUUUCAGCGACCUAGAAGAUAUGGAAGGGUUGAUCACCUACUUGGAAGAUAGCCCCUGGAUUGGCUACCUGAACUUCGUGAUGGCGAAUUUCAGCGAAGACUAUCCGCGACGUCCACUCUGCCUGUGGAGCGAUCUCGACGAAGAUCUGAAGGAUCUUUUGAUGAAGAUGAUGAGUAUGGACCCGAAACGACGCAUCACAGCUUCUGAGGCUUUGGCGCACAAGUGGUUUGCGGACGUUCCUUAA